AGAUCCUGUGUUUAUUUCACUCUCUUCUUCGCUCUUCGCUGACCGAAGAUGUCAACCGCGGACGAACUGAAAGCACUCGGCAACAAAGCCCUCCAGAGCGAGAACUAUGACGAGGCCAUCAAACACUACUCGGAAGCGAUCGCUAUUGACCCCUCGAACCACGUGCUGUACAGCAACCGGUCGGCCGCAUACGCGAAACAGGGAAAGUACGAAGAGGCUCUUAAAGAUGGCGAACAAUGUGUGACCCUUAAUAAAUCGUGGGGUAAGGGUUAUUCGCGAAAAGCGGCAGCCUUGGCUUACUUGGACAAAAUUGAGGAGGCGGAAGCGUGUUAUAAUGAAGGCUUGAAAGUGGAUCCAGAGAACCAAGCUCUUAAAGACGGCCUGGCGGAGGUUCGAAGCAAGAAGCAAAGAAGCUUCAACCCAUUUGCCAGUCCAGAAGCAAUUGGGAAGUUGCGAGCUGACCCCACUACCCGCGAAUACCUCAAUGACCCUUCUUUUAUGCAGAUGUUGGGGAUGGCGCAAUCGAACCCACAGUUAAUGACGUCACUGAUGCAAAGCGAUCCCAGAUUCAUGAAGGCUCUGGGAGUCAUUUUGGGAAUUAAUAUCUCCGACAUGAGUGCGGCAGGGGACGAUGAUUCGGAAAUGGAUACCGCUGAGCCGACUGUGUUUUCGGCCAAACCUCAAACGGCUUCCAAGUCAGAGCCAGCUAAGAAAACUCCACCUGCACCUGAAAAACCAAAAAUGACACCCGCCGACGAAGAAAAAGAGAAGGGAAAUGCUGCCUACAAGUCGAAAGACUUCGAAACUGCUCUGCAACAUUACGACAAAGCCAUUGAACUUGAUAACACUAAUAUGAGCUAUGUGCUGAACAAAGCCGCUGUUUAUUUUGAAAUGGGAGACUACUCGAAAUGCAUUGAGAUGGCCUCGAAAUCUAUUGAAAUUGGUCGCGAGAAUCGUGCUGAGUUCAAACAAAUCGCAAAGGGAUAUUGUAGAAUGGGAAAUGCUUACCUGAAACAAAAGGAUUACAAAGCCGCUUUGGAGAAUUUUGAGAGCUCUCUUUCUGAGUUCAGGGAUCCUCAAAUUGUACAAAAGUGCAAACAGGUUGAAAAUUUGAUUAAAGAGCAGGAGCGUAAGGCUUACAUUGACCCUGUGAAAUCAGAAGAAGCCAGACAACAGGGAAAUGAGCUCUUCCAGAAAGGAAACUACCCUGACGCGAUUAAGAUGUACGAUGAGGCUAUAAAUAGGAACCCGGAAGAUCCGAAGACCUACUGCAACAGAGCUGCUUGCUACAUCAAGGUAGGAGAGUUCUCGCUAGCGGAUCGAGAUUGCGACGAGACUCUGAAACGCGAUCCGAAGUUCAUGAAAGCGUACCUGCGAAAAGCUCAGUCUUGGAAAACGAGAGAUCUCGACAAAGCUGCUGACAUUUUGCGAUCAGCUCAGAGUAUUGAACCAGAUAACAAGGAAGUGGCGGACGCCUUGCUUGACAUCAAAGACAUGAAAGCGUCUCGUAUGAUGAAUACGGGUAAUCUAACGGAAGAGGAAAUCAAGGCAAGGGCUAUGCAGGACCCAGCUGUACAGGAGAUUCUUGCCGACCCUGGAAUCCGAAUGAUUCUCAACCAAAUGCAAGAGGAUCCUAAGGCGCUUGCCGAUCAUUUGAAGAAUCCGGUGAUUGCGAAGAAGAUAGAAAAGUUGAUGGAAUCUGGAAUUUUGCAGAUGCGAUGAUGAAGAUGAGUUAUUAUAUUUUUCGCAGAUAGCGGAGCUUUAUCGUUUUUAUUAUUCUUAUACGAAUUAAUGACUGUUGCUUACAUGCUUGCGUUACUGAGUUUUGGCGGCGUGUAAGACAAGCCACCUGAUCCGGCUGAAUAUUUUGCAGAUGCUGGUUCGGUUGCAAAGUUAAUUUAAUGUA